UAGUGCGCGCGUGCACGCUUCGUCCCCUGGUACGAAGAACCCCAGUGCAAUCCUCAGCAGGAAGAAGGACAGGUACAUGCUACACCAAUGCGGCGCAAAGGAGAAAUGGGUCGACGUUGAGCUCUGCGAUCAUAUCUGGGUCGACACUGUCCAACUUGCGAACUACGAGUUCUUUUCCGGCGUGUUCAGGAACAUCUCGAUCUACCUCUCGCCGCGCUACCCUCCUGGACCCGAAGGCUGGGUACACGCAGGCACCUUCGAGGCGCGCAAUGUCCGUGCCGUGCAGAGUUUUCAUCCUGCGCCAGAAAUAGAGGGGUUCCAUAGGUUUGUCAGGGUGGUAUUCGAAAGCUACUAUGGGGGCGAGUUCUAUUGUCCUGUGAGUCUGUUAAGGGUGUAUGGCCUCAAUGAGAUGGAGGAAUGGAAGAGGGAUAAGUGGGAAGAAGAGGGCAGGGAGAGGGAGAAAGAGAGAGAGAAAGAGGUAAGAGAGAGGGAGGCGGAGAGGGCUAAGAGGGAGUGGGAGGAGAAACAGGUUCGGGAGACCAGGACUGUUCAGGUGGUCGUGGUCACGGAAGAACCGAAAAAGGAGAAGCCACAGGAGGGCAUGGCCUCCAAUGCGCCAAUAUCGCCCGAAAUCGUGGAGAACAGAACACCGGCUGUCGUUUUGUCCAGCCCCUCGACGGUUGAAAGCAGCCCAACAUCCAUCUGGAAGUCCUCAAUCGACACCUCCACCACCGCGGCAACGACAUCAACCGCGACCUCCUCUCGUUCCUCGGUCCCAGAAACACCCGCGUGGGCUACUCAGGAACCCCAGGAAUCUGCUGCUUCUGAGCAUGAUACUUGGAAGAAUAGCACGGGAAACAAAUAUGUGGACGCGGUUGGCGCCGCCGUUGAAAACACAAGCGUGCCAGACUCGGCUAUGAUCGAAGAUGCCUUAGCUCAGGCGCAGGUGCAGGGGCCGGCAGUAUCUGAGCGAGCGACUGCUAUCCCAUCCAGCCCGGAACGCGACUCGUCCCUCAACUCUGUACAUUCGACUGGCAAGACCGACCCACCUUCCCAGAUUUCAUCUACCUCCGUCGUGACCACCAUCACAUCCACGUCUACCCUUUCGACGCCACCCCAGUUUACCCCCGUGACAGCCCCGCAAUCCCCCUCCUACUCGCUCACGCUCGCCGCCCCUCCCCUCCCCACAGGCGAAUCGAUCUACCGCACCAUCAUGAACCGGCUCACCCUUCUCGAGCUGAAUACCACCCUUGGGACGAGAUAUAUGGAAGAACAGAGUCGUAUGAUGAGGGAGGCUUUUCGCAGGCUUGAGAAGGGUGUGGAGGAGAGGUGGGGCGAAGGGAGGUGGAGGGAAGUUGAGCGAGGCUGGGAGGGCCGGCUUGAGGGACUGACAGCGGACCAGAGACAUGCGUUCGAGCUUGCCCUGGGGGAGAUGGAUCUCCAGAGAGAGAGGAUGGAGUUGGAGAGGCGGCAGCUGGUGUCACAGAUCCAUAUGCUAGAGAACGAGGUGGUGCUGGAGAAGAGACUGUCGGUUGCUCAGCUCUGCCUGCUCGUCGUGGUUCUCUUCGUCACCACGCUCACCCGCGGUCCCGACUGGGCGGCCAUAUCCACCGCCUUCCGUCUCACCGGGACGAGGGAGGACGCUUCGCGCACGGCAAGGGAAGCGGCUCGCCAGUCGACGGUAGAAAGUCAAGUUACGCCGGAAAUGCACGAGGCUGCAAAGCCUGCGCCAGCUCUGGAACGUCGCUUGUCUAUCCCUUUCCCCGCUCCUGGUCCCUCGGCCACACAUGCCCCACCCCGUUCUCCCACCCCUAACACCUGUCGCUCCCCCCGACCCAUCCAAACACCACAAACCCCGCGUCCGUUACACGUCUCCCACCCCGCCUUUCCCUUCCACGCCUCCUCCCAUUCAUUCGGAGCGCUCACUUCCCCGCGCAGACGUGCGACUGGUGGACCCGGAGCUGCGCUAGGGAGCGCGAAACGCCUAGCUAGGACGGCACACUUGCAUGAAUUACGCCGAGGGAAGGAGAAUGUCCUCUCUAAUUCUACAUCUACGGGGAAUGGGAGUCCAUCGCCACACAACAGGGGGUCACACAGCCGGCGUGACGGUUCUUUCGGACAAGAAGACCCGUGGGAAGAUACAGACCUCGAGGAGAGUCAUACCGCAGCAAGACUAGUGCUCCAGCUGCCCUCGCUAAUUCGGGAUGGAGUGCCGAGGAGUGCG